AUGGAUAUAAUUGGCCAAAUCUCUCACCCAUCUUCCAAACAGCACAGAUGGAUACUGGUAGCCACAGACUACUUUACAAAAUGGGUUGAAGCAGUUCCAUUCACCUCCAUCAGUAGUGCUGAGGUGAUCAAAUUCAUUGAGCAAAAUAUCAUUCACCGCUUCGGUAUUCCAGAAACUAUAACAACUGACCGAGGAUCGGUAUUCAUAGCUGAAGCCGUCAUCAAACGGAUGGCCGAGUAUAAGAUUACAAUGCAGCAAUCGACACCCUAUUAUGUUCAGGCUAAUGGACAGGCUGAGGCCACAAACAAUGUUCUCAUCCAAAUUGUGGAAAAGAUGAUUCAGGAAAAUCCACGUGAUUGGCACAAUCUUCUAUCAUAA